AUGAAACUCAUUUCAGAAUGUAACACUAUCAAAAGGAGUGGCGGCUGUGACAAGAUUUUUUCUUGCAUCAACCCGCUGAACAAUUUAGACCCAGAAGACUUCAAAUAUUUCGGCAAUGCUGCAUUCUAUGAUCAGUUCUGUCAGAAAAGCCAGACGUUCAGUAGCUGCUUCAGGGACGCCAGAGACGAGUGCGACCAUCAAUGGGUACUCAACAACUACGAGAGCAUGGUCGGUGUGGCUGAUUUUCUGUGCACUGAUGAAAGCAGAGAUGACGUUUCCUUCCUGAUCAACUUGGAAUGUGCCAGUAGUGAGCUAAAAAUAGUUGAGUUAAUGCAGGGAUCUGAAGGCUGCCGCUUCAUCUUUGACAAGGAGAUGAAUCUCGAUUUUUGUCCGUAA